AUGACAAGCCCAAGACGUUCUAAAAAUGGUGGGGCGCAGUGUGCCGUGCAGAUAUUAGACUGGGAUUUACCCUCUACUGAUACGGGAACCGUGAAAAGAAGAAGAUCUUCAUGUCCAGAGAAUUCUGGAAAGCAAACAGUGCCUACACAUGACGCAAUUUUUGAAGUACAAACUCCGUCAGACUCCGGAAGCGGAACUUCGCGGAGUAUAGACGAUAAUGACAAAUCAGAUUCGCUCAUCGACGUGGAGGAAAGAAUAUCAUGCAUAAUCAAUGAGAACAGAUCCUCUCAAAGCAAUUCUGAGUCUAGCGACGUAGAUAUCAUUAUUGAUAGCAUCUUAGGCAAUCCCAACGAUCAUUUGUUUGAUACUGUACAAAAUGAAUCACUCCUACGUGAUCGUAGCAAAACUUUUAUCAAACAAGAGACUUUGUCUAUUAACGAGAAACAUGAUAUUGCUUCAGCCAAUGUUUCCUCCGAUAAAAAGAUCAAAGAUAGACGACUUAAAACUCCCGCACCAAUAAAAAAAAUAAACAAAACUUUUGAUAUAGGUAAGAAUAGUCCAAAAUUAGCCAAAGAACCAUCAAAAACCCAAGAAAAAGCAAGUGUGUUACCAGUUUAUAAAAGCACUGUAAAGGGAAGUAUAGAUUUAAACUCAGGUCAAAAGAAAAAAGUUACUACAAAAUUAAAAUUACCUUUUACUCCAGUGAGAACUAUGGAAAAACCAAAGAUAAAUUUCUUUCAAAACAAAGCUAAUAUUCAGGAAACUAAGCCAUCACCCUUGCUCUCGUCACCAGUGCGACGAACAAUAUCCAACGAAUAUGUGCGUUUAAAGUUUACUAAUGACACUGUGAUAAGGCGGACUAUUGACGGCAAAUCUGUACCAAAGAUAUCACCAAAAAUACAGUCUAUAAUACCCGAGAGUCCUAUUGACACAGAAGAUCCCUUCCUAAACCUUAGUCCUAAUAAAAAAUAUACAGUAACAGUGAAUAAUAAAGUGAGGUGCGACAAAGACAAUUACGUUAUUUUCGACCCUAACACGGGGUUCGCUCCGGACGGGUCGAGACAAUCCAGAAUUCCUUUGAAGUCCCCAACUGGUGACAAAUCUCGGAUUCCUCUAAAGUCUCCGGGCGGUGAGAACUCUGGUUUAGUGCGUAAAUCAGCUAAUGUUAGUGAUACUGAUAGUGGUAUAUUGUCACCAAAUUCUCCGGUUGAAACAAGUGAAAAAGGAUCUGCGUACUAUGUCAAUGCUGCGGCGUUUAGUGAGGCUGCGAAGAAGUGUGCCAGUGACUUUGACAUAACUAUCCUGGAUCCUGGCUUGGCGAAAAAAGCUGCAGAACAAAUUCAGAUCUACACGGACUGGGCGAACCACUACCUGGAGCGAGCCCGCUCUCGGCGGCGCGCAGGCGCAUCGGGCGGCGGGCUGGCUCGAGACUGCGCAGACGGCUUGCUGCUGGCAGAUGUGCUGGAAGGAGUCACGGGAUUGAAGGUGCAUCGGGCGCAUCGCAAGCCGCGGAACCCGCAACAAAUGUUGGAAAACGUUCAGUGCUGCUUGGACUUCCUUCACGCCCAAAAAGUCCAGGGAUUAGAACAAGUGACAGCAGCAGAUAUCCGGGAUGCAAAACUAAAAGCAGUAUUGGCAUUGUUUUUCGCGCUCAGCCGACAUAAACAAGCCACUAAACAGAGAACAGCGCCAUCUAGCGGUAAUGCUGCGAACGCCGGGAAAACUUCAAGCGAAGAUGUUUCACUGAAUGCAGUCCAACGCAUAACAGGUGGCAGCAGUUGCGAUGAAAUAUUAACAGCGUGCGCUAAUAACGUCGAGAUGACGACGUUAACAGCCAAUAGGCAAGUGUCGGUGCUGCAGACGUCGAUCCCCCUGCCGGCAUCGGCGGCGGCAGCCCGCAGAGCCCCGCCGGACAAGCGCCCACUACCAGCCACGCCGUCGCAUACAGGUGGUAAAAGCGGCUUGUCGGCGAGCUCCAGUCGGUCUACCAGCCCGCUGGGACAAGGCGCUGUCAGCUUUAUACCGCGAGCGCCAACUUCUUCAUCCGGGUCACGACCCAAUUCAUCGCUACUGGCUCCUGGUAGCAAAAUUCCAUCCACGUUAAUAUCGCAAACACAACAGCACCCACAAACACCGUCCAGCCAAAAUGGAACACCCACAAAGCAUUCCAUGCUCGAUAAGUUAAAGCUUUUUAACAAAGACAAAAUAAGCAAUGAAAAACAAAACAGCAAAAGUACUGCAGUAUCAAAACGCACCAGUUCUUCCAGUGGAUUCUCGUCAGCCAAAAGUGAAAGAUCCGACUCUAGUUUAAGCCUCAACGAGUCUUCUAACACUCCCAAUUCACAUAUCAAAUCUUCAAAUUUAGUAGGACCUAAAAGUAUAAGGCAACAAAGCGAUACGUUAACAAAAGACAAGUCUGCUAAAAAUGUUAAACCUAAGUUAGUUAGUUCCAAAUCUCCGAAAGAAUCUUCUACCAGCUUAAACAAAAGUAGCAGUAAAACCAGCAGUAGUGACAAAUCGAGAAAUAGCCCGAAGCUUCCUGCUCGUGACAAAGAAUCAAAACUGGCGGCUCCAAAAUCCAUAAGCAACACCAAAUUAAAUCAGAUCGAUGAUCAUUCAAGAAAUUCUAACUCGAAAAUGGUGAAGUUAUCCGGUAGUCAAAUGAGACUUAGUGAAAAGCGAGCUGACAGUAGAACGGACGUCAAAAAUCACCCGAGCCAAGAAAAUGUAUCACCACCACCAAAUCAAGGAAACCAGAAUCAAGCUAGUGCAGGACAAAACUUUGGACCGCAAACUGGAAUCCCAAAACCUACAGCUGCUGUAAAAGGAACAUUUAAGAUAGCGAAAGAUGAUAGACAUAUUAUUCAUAAAAGUACAAAUAGUCAAUUAAGUCCUAUACAAAGCAAUUCUAGUUUAAAUUCUACAAAUAACGUAAGUGCACUUCCAUUCAGUAGAGAGCAGUCUAAUUUAAGUAAAGAUAUAACACAAAAACAGACUUUAGCAGUAUCGCCGAUGCCAGUUGUUAAUACAGGAAGUCAUACUCACACAUCGCAAAUGUCUGAAAGUUCACAUUCUAACUCCACCCACAGUACUACAGGGCAACAUUCUAAUUCGAGUGAUAGUAGCGUCAUAUACCGUCCGUCCAGUGAAUCUGGUUCCGAAAUAUCUAAAACAGCUACUAACACAGUGAACAAAAGACUGGACAUGAAUACUACUUAUAUCAAUGAGGUGAUAAAUGAAGCAGAAAUUUCUGAAAAAGAAGCAGCGCAGAGGAGACCCUUAGACAAAUCAGUCCCUAAACCUACGUUUGAUCCCAACAGGACAUUGACAGAGUUGAAUAAGAGGAUAGAGCAUGAUAGUCGUUCCAGUACGCCGUCACAUGGUCGUGAUAACUCUCUGGGCGAUGACGAAAAUCCUAUGAUGAAUGUUUUGCCUAUGAGGCCACUUUUGCGAGGAUACAACAGUCAUCUCACACUUCCAAUGAGAACAUCAGGCUUGACGCAAAAGAAUAUACCCGGUUAUCCUCAUCACGCUAAUACGGUGAAAGCAAACUUUGGCAGGGAAAACAUGGGGUUGCGUGACCGUAUUAAUUACGGGCCAGGAUUUUCUAACCCAGAUUAUUGCGAUCUUGAAAUAGCAUCGGGGUAUAUGUCCGACGGGGAUUGCUUGCGUCGUAUAAAUCUUGGAGAAAUGGAGUGUGCCCGAAACAAUGAUAUGAUGGAUGGAUACAUGUCAGAGGGUGGCGCGUCAUUAUAUGGUCGCCGCAUGAACUACCAGCCUUCGCAACUACAACAGCUAGAUGAAAGACGCGGCGGCCGCAAUAGAAUGGAAGGGGGCAGUGGCGUGGUCUACCGCGUGGUGGGGCGCACGCGCAGCAAAGCCGACUGCGGCCAGCAGACGGAACGGCAGCCGCCAGCGCCGCGCCAGCAAGACACCACCUGGAAGAAGUAUACUGAUUCUCCAGGAGUUGGAGCUCCACCACUGAAUCAGCCAGCGCCAGCGCCGCCGAGCCCGUCGCACGGUCGAAAAGGCGAAAGGCGCGCUGGUCAUCAUUCCCCGCAGCAUCAUAAACGGGAGAAGCUUACUGCAGCCCAGCAACUCGGCAUUGCGCCACAUCCACAAUAUGCUGCACCAAAUGCGUCUGGGCAGCAUCCUUCCAGAAGCGGUGGAUCCCAGCUCCAGUCGCCCAGCGGUGGAUCCCGGCCAUCUAGCGUGUCAAGCGGAGGCAACGGUAGCACUUGUUCUUCAGGCAAAGCGAAGGUCCCACAAAGCUUCGGCUACGUGAAGAGACAGAAUGGUGUCCAGCAACCCGCGCCGCAAUCUAAUGGCCCACCACAGCAUGGUGGAAGAACAGCUCAAGUUUCUGCAGUGCCAAGAACAAAAGUCAAAGUUUCGGGUGGUACACAAACGUGUACGCAAGAUCUUCAAAUUCACAAAAAUGGAAUCGGUCCGAAAUCAUUUUCUUUGGGUGGCACAGCUGCCGCGCAACUUUCGGCGUCGGUGCGGGAGAGACUACUGGGCUCACAGUCCUUGCCCAAGCCUGGCACGCACGAGUUCGCUGCACUGUUCCAUCAUCACAGGAUCGCACCUAGGGGUGGCAUUAAGAUAAGUGACGGCAGUCUCUCUGAUACUCAAACGUAUUCUGAAGUAAAGUCAGACUACGGGAUCCCGUAUGCACCUUGGCUUAGACACAGCUAUCUCAGAGAUAGGACGUUUCCAAGGUCAACUAAAUCGGAGAAGCUUUACCCCUCAAUGCUGCAAAGAUCCUCUGAGAGUGAUUACGAGCCGUAUUAUUGUUUACCCGUGCAAUAUGGACCACCUGGACAAGGUCUGAACUACGGCGUAUCGGAGCCCCCGUCGCCGUCUCCGAGAUCAGCGCUGAGUCCGACGCACCAGCCCGGCAAUGUGAUGCACACGCCUAGACAUUCACAUCAUUAUCCUAAGAAAAAUGAUGAUGUGCACGGUUCAACCGCUUCCCUGGUGUCAACGGCAUCAUCACUGGCUGCUGGCGCGGGCUCGGAAGAGAGGCAGGCGCAUGAGGUCCGAAAAUUGAGGAGGGAACUAGCAGACGCCAAAGAGAAAGUACACACCCUGACGACGCAGCUUACAACCAAUGCUCACGUGGUGUCUGCUUUUGAGCAGAGUCUAUCCAACAUGACGCAACGCCUGCAACAGCUCACCGCCACCGCCGAGAGAAAGGAUUCGGAGUUAACGGAGUUGCGUCAAACGAUCGAGCUGCUGAGGAAGCAAUCUAUUCAGGCCGGUCUUACGACUGCUCAUAUGCAGUCCAUGGGUAUUCGAGCAGACGGAGUUAACGUCACCGGACCGGAGCCAGGCAGUCAAACUCAGUCAUCUCCUCAGCGGACCGCGCAGACGGGCAAUGGCGCGAUCACCAGGCAUCUGUCGACCGACAGUGUGUCGAGUAUCAACAGCCUCAGUAGUGGCUCGUCUGCACCGCACGACAAGAAGCACAAGAAGAAGGGAUGGCUCCGCUCAUCGUUCACGAAAGCUUUCUCGCGGAACGCCAAGAUAUCAAAGACGGCGAAGCACUCAUCCCUCGGGCAGCUGUCAUCGCAAGACAGUUCGUCGGGCUCGCAUCACUACGACGACCCGCACACGAUCCGCGAGGGCAGCAACGAGAAUAGUCUCGAGCACUCGCACGAGGCGCUCGACGUGAAAGACAAGCCGUGCCCGCCGCAAGCCGCCGAAGACCAGACCAAAGAUAAACCAGAUGAUUCCGGAUUAGUUGAUGAGUUGAAGAGGCAAUUACGAGAAAAGGAUUUGGUGCUAACAGAUAUCCGACUAGAGGCCCUCAGCUCAGCGCAUCAACUUGAAAGCCUGAAAGACACCGUCAUCAAAAUGAGGGUACACUUCCAGAACGAGAUGUUGAACCUCAAACAGAACAACGAGCGGUUGCAACGGUUAGUGACGUCACGGUCGCUGGCCGGCAGUCAGAGCUCGCUGGGUACCGGCGGCUCCGCUGUCGAAGACCCGAGGCGGUUCAGUCUUGCUGACCAAGCUACUAUGCAUCAGGCGACACUAGACAUGCAUUCACAACCUCUAGACCUAGACUUCAACUGUAUGUCAUCGGCCCCAACCAUGGAUUUUUCCAAAAAAGGCUCGCCUAAAUCGGGCAUGGUCGAGCCCAUAUAUGGCAAUAAGGCCGCUUGCGAACUAAAUGAAAACAGCGAGACGCUAUUAGCUGCACUGAAUGGCAGCAGUGAUUUAUUCGCGAACGGACUCAACGCCAGCGAGCGGCUCAGCGGCGACUACGACAUAAACAGCGUACUGCCGCCUCCCAAGACUAGGGAACUAGCCAUAGGGGAAAGUUACUCCGAUAUCGGUGUUGCGGACAGUCAAGGAGAUACGACUGACGGGAAAAAGAUAGCUAUAGCCGUAUAUUUAGGACAACCGGAGACAUUCCAAAGAUAUUUCGAGGAAGUUCAAGAUACGCUCACAGAAUCCGAAUGUAGAUUCUACGCUAAACAAUCAGCGAGCUCAUACAAUAAUCAUUUCGAGAAACAGUCCAGUUUCGACUCGCCACGAUUAUCUCAAAAUCGUAGCCCCGAAACUGAGACUCAAGACUACUCGCAAAUAAAUAAGUCGAACACGAAUAGCCUUAAAAGCAAUAAGUCUACACACAGUAGUUCGUAUAAGAACGUUUAUAAUAGUGACUCGACAAUAAACUGUAAUGAAUUCACCAUAGCUUACACUUAUAUAUCUGGCAAGACUACUUGGCAGAACUUAGAUUAUAUAGUUAGGAAGACUUUUAAAGAUUACUUGUCUAGAAUAGACUUGGGAACGAAUCUCGGUUUGAACACUGAUUCAAUAACUUCGUAUCAUUUGGGCGAAGCGACGCGAGGCCCUGAAAUAGGUUUCCCAGAGCUAUUGCCCUGUGGAUACAUCAUUGGCACUGUCAAUACGCUGUACAUCUGCUUAGAAGGAGUCGGAAGCUUGGCGUUCGAUAGUCUUAUACCAAAAAAUAUUGUAUAUAGAUAUGUUUCUCUGCUAUCGGAACACCGGCGAAUAAUUUUGUGCGGACCGAGCGGCACGGGGAAGUCUUAUUUGGCAGCAAAGCUGGCAGAGUUUUAUGUGCAGAAGACCCAACGAAGAGGCAAUCCCGCCGAAGCCGUUGCUACUUUCAACGUAGACCGCAAGUCCUGUAACGAGCUCCGCGCGUACCUCGCGAACAUCGCAGAGCAAUGCGGCGCGGCGGCGGCCGGCGAAGAGGCCGCGUUACCCUCCGUCGUCAUACUGGACAACUUGCAGCACGCUUCGGCGUUAGGCGACGCCUUCGCCGGUCUGUUACCGCCUGACAACAGAAACAUGCCUGUUAUUAUCGGUACAAUGUCCCAAGCCACGUGCAAUACAACAAACUUGCAGCUCCACCACAACUUCAGGUGGCUUCUUACAGCCAAUCACAUGGAACCUGUCAAAGGAUUCUUAGCUAGGUACCUUCGCCGCAAACUAUUCACCCUAGAACUGCGACUGGGUCGGCGCGAGCCCGCCUUAGCCGCGGUACUAGAAUGGUUGCCUGGAGUAUGGUCCACGCUCAACGCCUUCCUCGAAGCCCACUCCUCCAGUGACGUCACUGUGGGCCCGCGGCUGUUCCUAGCAUGCCCUAUGGAUUUGGAAGCUAGUCAGGCUUGGUUCGCGGACGUAUGGAACUACAGCAUAGUGCCGUACGCGUCGGAAGCGGUGCGCGAGGGCAUCGCGCUGUACGGCAGACGUCGCCACGCCGCCGUCGACCCGCUGCAGCAUAUCAAGUCCACGUACCCCUGGAGAGAGCCCAACCACUCACAUACACUGAGGGCAAUAACGGUGGAGGAGAUUGGCAUUGAAGAAUCUAAUCAAGAUUCUAACACCAACAACAAUCAGGAUCCUCUGUUAAACAUGUUGAUGCGGCUGCAAGAAGCGGCGAACUACAGCGGAAACCAAAGUCAGGACUCGGACAACGCGAGCAUGGAUUCGAAUCUCACUCACGACAGCUCCAUGGGCAACGAGCUAUAAUAGCAACGCGUCUCGUGACGUCAUCGUACUCUUAGGAUUUUAUACUACCCGCUGGUAUUCUGUGAUAUUGCUUCUCAACACUGCGUAUUGUAGUUGAAACAAAGUAAUACCAGCAGCAAUUCCAAGCAGUGUAUGAACUAAACUGACGUUCCUUACAUGUGGAUUAUAAAUAUGAUAUAUAAAGCCAAAUAUUUGCCAUAUGUACAUUAUUGAUAUUUAUUAUUUACUUAUUCUAAGUGUUACUUAAGUUGCGAUUCUAUUAUUAUUUCUAGUUGAUUUUUGUUUUAAAUUUUAUCGCUAACUUGUAACGGCGGUAUUUAUUUUUAUUUCGGAAGGUUUUACUCUGCCAUAUUUGCGGAUACUAGCAAAUAUCUAUUGCGUGAGUAUGAGAACCUUUUUCUAAGUCUGAUUUAUUUCUUAUACAUUCGAAAUAAAAAAUCAUUUCAAUAAGUGAAUAAGAAAUCAAUAACAGUGCCUGGAGCGAUCAUUUUCCAUUUUUUUACAACGUAAUUACAAUGUUAGAUCUAUUACUGUUUAUAUGAAGCAUUGUGGCUUUUACUAUUGUUAUAUUUUUUCAAAGUUAGGAUAUGAACCGCAUUUGUAUUACGGAGACAUGUAUGUAACAUAUGAAAGUGUAAUUUUUAUACCAUUUUCAUAUUAAAAUUCAUGUAAGUACCUAUAUAAAAUAUUUAAGUGUAAAUAUGUUUAAUAUAUUUUCUUUUUGUAUGCGAUUACACUAACCGCUAUCUAUUGUCAUAAACAGCGUUAAUUUUGUAUAGAAAUGCGUAACAACUGUUACAGUGUUCGGUAUGGAUUGACUCGUGUGCAUAAGUGAAACGUGAUAUCUACAAUCUAUGCUUUACAGAAAAUGUGAAAUAAAAAUUGAUUAUAAAAA